UCCAUAUAGCCCUGUCAGGAGACGGUUCCCUCCAAGCCGUCGAGCAGCUUCUCUCGGGGGGUGGGAAGCGGAGCCUCGGUCGGCGGGGUCCCGCUCGCCGCUCUGCCUUCCUCCUCCUCCUUCCCGCCCCACUUCGGCGUGUGGGGCUGGGUCAUGUCUACGGGCUCCCUGAGUGACGCCGAGGAGCUGCCGGAGAUGGACCUGAGGGGGCUGCAGCUCGACUACCCGGGGCCGCCCCGCUCCAAGCGGCGUCCCCGAGGCAAGCCCUGCCCUUCGGCGGGAAACUCCUCCGCCGCGGAAGAGGAGGAGGAGGAGGAAGACGACGACGAGGAGGAAGACGCGGAGACGAGCUGUGGCGGUAAGAAGAAGCGAGCCAAGGGAGCGCCCGCGGCGGGAGAAAGCAACGGCGGCGGGAAGCGUCCUCCGGCGUCGGGCCGCGGCGGCCCGGUGGCGGCCGAGUGCAAGCAGACGCAGCGCAACGCGGCCAACGCGCGCGAGCGAGCCCGCAUGCGCGUGCUGAGCAAGGCGUUCUCGCGCCUCAAGACCAGCCUGCCCUGGGUGCCCCCGGACACGAAGCUCUCCAAGCUGGACACGCUGCGCCUCGCCUCCAGCUACAUCGCCCACCUCCGGCAGCUGCUGCAGGAAGACCGCUACGAGAAGGGCUACGUGCACCCCGUCAACCUGACCUGGCCAUUUGUGGUUUCAGGAAGACCAGAAAGUGAUACCAAAGAGGUUUCAACAACCAACAGAUUAUGUGGAACUACAGCUUAGUUAAAGUAAGCAAUACUCUUGCUGGAUAUGCUUCCAAACCAUCCUGACUUGUAUGGACCAAAACAAACUGAUGCAAAGAAAUCAAGUCUGCUCAGUGUUUAAGCCCUCUACUUGUUCAUUUCGAAGGGAAAAUGCACUCAAAAAUAUAAUGAAGAAGGCAAGAGGGGGAUUUGCUGAAUUUUCUGAUUCAGCAAAACUGGUGGGUUUGGAAAAGCAUUUUUCUGCAUCGUUACCUGAAGAAACUGUUCCAAAGCCUUUUUGACUAA